GCGCUUCCGUUUUCUCGUUUAUUAAAAUGGAAAAUUUGAUCAGUAGACGUCAGUUACUAACAAAUUAUAUUAGCAAACACAGUAAUAAUGAUAUCAAAAUUAAUUUUGUUUCUAGCUUUGAACGCAGCAUUAUAUAAAAAUGCAUCUGGUAGUUACGGGGAUUCAGUAUUGAAUCGGUGGCUGUUUGAUGCAGAAGAAAAUAAUGAAAAAAAACCGGCUGUUUGUGAAACGCCCGAAUGCAAAUUAAUUGCCAAAGAUUUUUUGGAGGGCAUGAACAAAUCCGUCGAUCCCUGUGAUGAUUUUUAUGAGUACGUUUGCGGCGGGUGGAAUAAUCCGGAGAUUAUUCCUUCUUGGGAAACUAGUUGGAGUGUUUUCCAGCAGUACCAGCUAAUGGCGUUCACUCGAAUUAAAGAAAUUUUGGAAACGAAGCCUGAGCCAGAUGAUAUUUUGCCAGUGCGGCAGGCAAAAAAAUGGUAUCGUUCUUGUAUGGAUACAGACACGCUUGAAAAACGAGGGUUGAAACCGAUAGAAUCAAUUCUGAUGCAAGUUGGAGGCUGGCCGAUGAUUAUCGACGCCGAGGAAUGGAACGAAAAUGAACACUCCUGGGAACAAAUUGAACAUUAUUACUUUGACAUCACUGGAAAUUAUACUUUUCAUACGAUUACACCGAUUGCUGACGACUGUACUGAAGAAGCUAGGAUGCGCAAAUCAAAGUCGAGAUUUUUGGUGGAUACUGAGGACGACGUGUACUUGGAAGACGACCUCAAAGCUAAUGCUAAUUUUAUCAAAGGGGUCGUCAGCGCAUUCAUAAAACACAACAGCGCCAAAAUUUCAAAAAAAACAAUUCAAAAGGACAUAAGAAAUUUAAUCAAAUUUGAACUGGCUCUGCGUAAACUCGAUGACGAGCACUACGAAGUGAGCAUUGGGGAAUUUUUGGAGGACUACGAUAAAAGUAUCGCGGAAUUGGACAGCGAUGUAAAAAAAAUUAAUUUCCAAGAUAUAUUUAAUGGAAUUUUUGGAUUGAUUGAUCACAAAAUUAAUGAGAAUACGAUGAUUAACAUCGCGAUUCCAAGUUAUUAUGCUCAGUUAACUCAAUUGCUCAACGAAACUCCCAAAAGAACGAUAGUUAAUUACAUACACUGGAACUUUGUAAGAGAUAUGCUUCAAUACACAACCAAAGAAAUGAGAAGUUUAAAAAGUAAAUUAGAAGAUACUGUCUCCGAAGCCAGUGAAAAAAAACCGCGUUGGCUCGAGUGCACUGAGGAAAUGAAAAUGAUACGUGCGGCUGCUUAUGCGUUUGUUGAUAAUUUUUACACUGAAGAUAUUGACAAAGAAGUACAUGAAAUGACGGAAAACAUCCGUAAGGAGCUUGAAGAACUUAUAGAGAGAACGAGUUGGAUGGACGAAGAAUCAAAAAGACUAUCCAAGAAGAAGCUGAAUUCUAUGAAAGUAUUUAUUGGGUUCCCAGAUUGGUACAGAAACAGGACGGCUGUUAUCAAUUCUUACAAAGGGUUAUUGAUCGGGUCUCAUCUUUUCGAGAACGUAUUAAGUUACAAAAAAUACGAAAAAAAAAAAGAAUAUCACAACGCGGUAGAUCCUGAUGCAGACGCUGCUGACCCUGCUACUGACAUCCUUCCAAUUAUUGUGAAUGCGUUUUAUACUCCGGAGGAAAACAUUGUAGAAUUACCGGCGGCUAAUUUCCAGCCUCCGCUGUUCACAUCCCGGUUACCCAGAAAUGUUAAUUAUGGAAUGCAGGGAACGGGAAUCGGGCAUGAAAUGGGACAUGGAUUUGACGACGAAGGAAUCAAAUUCGGAGAGAAUGGAAGCGAUACUAAAAUAUCUAAUCAGAUGCUGUCAUUGUAUUACAAACGGGCUGAAUGUUUUCUCAACCAAUACAAUGAUUUGGCUGGAGAGACGGAACCUUUCUAUUCAGAAAUAUUAAGAUAUUUAUUCAAUCAUAAGGGCAAUAGCUUUGGCGGAAGAACGCGAGGUGAAAAUAUUGCUGAUGUAACUGGAAUUCAGUCGGUAUUUGAAGCUUAUCUCAAAACCUCCGAAAAAGAAGGUCCAGAUAACAAACUACCGGGUUUCGAAGAUUUUACGGACAAUCAAAUGUUUUUCAUUUCGUUUGCGAAUGCUUGGUGCGAGGUGGCGACACCAGAAACAGCUGAAGAAAAUUUCCAAGGGGAUUCCCAUAGUCCAGGUCGUUUAAGAGUUAUUGGCUCAGUAUCAAAUACCGAGGGUUUUGCCAAAGAGUUCAAUUGUCCAAAAGGAAGUCCUAUGAAUCCAGAAAAUAAAUGCACUAUUUGGUCAACUGAACCAAAGCGAAUGUCAAACAAGAAAUCUAAACUGCGUAAACGGAAGCACUGGCCUCGCCAAUGGUGAAAAUUCACUUCUAUCACUAUCUGUGUAAAGUUUUGAAUUCUAUACGAUGAUUCAAAAAAUAAAAAAUAUAAUUGCCAUUUAAUA